AGUGGGCAACAACUUCCAACCGUCCCGGUUCUUAUACCGGAGAGUUUGUCGUCAUCAGCACCCAUACCCAGCCCCCCUCCUCCUGUUCGGCUCCCUAAAUGGACGCGGCAGUCUCGGUGUGUGCGGUUCAGUGCGGGCCAACACACUGGAAGCAGCCUCAGUUUGGCGUGUAGACUGGGGAGGACGCUGAGAAAUGCCCGGCCGCCUCGCCGAGCACUGUUCUGAGCACUUUUCUUCUGCGUUUUGGGCUUUUUCAUUGGAGGAGGAGAAGGACUCCGCUCACAAAGUUUACAACACAAAGGAAAAGUUAGAGAAGUGGCAGCUCUCACAAUUUUAGCCCUCGCUAUGGAUUGUAUUUAUUUAUUGAUGUGCUUUUCACUCAGUCAAGUAUAUUUAGAGCACAUUUUGGCUGAAGAAGCAGAUGAAAAACUCUCUGGAAAGUUAAGUGAAUAUGGUCUUAUGGUGCCAUUCAGCACAGACUCCCACGGCCGGUACAUUUCUCACGUGGUUUCUGCUGGAAGUGGAAGUAAAAGUGAGACUGCUGCUGAAAAUCUCUCAGCUACUGGCAGCAGAAGAAGGGUGGCCCGCGGUGCCCCCCAGAUGCCCUCUGUCACCUCUGGCUUGGGUCAGCACUUGUUUUUCAAUGUCACCUUAUUUGGGAAAGAUCUCCACCUUCGCCUUAGGGCCAACAGGAGGCUAGUGGCCCCAGGGGCUUUCGUGGAAUGGCAGGAGGACUUUGAGGAAAAGACCAAGGAACGCAUCCAUGGGGACUGUGUGUUCACUGGGGAUGUGACUGACAUGCCAGAGGCCUCUGUGGCCAUCAGCAACUGUGAUGGGCUGGCAGGCCUGAUCCGCACUGAUAAAGGCGAGUUUUUCAUUGAACCACUUGAGAAAGGCCAACAGGAUGUGGAAGUAAAGGGCAGAGUGCACGUUGUCUACCGCAGAUCGGCCAUCAAGCGGGAGACAGGCCAGCGGAAUGAGGACUUGCAUAACGAAGUGGCUGAUGUUGGCAUCGCAGACCUUCCUGCAGCUCUGGAUCUGGUCGGACAUAAACUGUCCAAGUCUGAGCGCAAGAGGAGGCACACAAAGAAAGAUGACUACAACAUUGAGGUUCUGCUGGCUGUGGAUGACUCAGUGAUACGUUUCCAUGGCAAGGAGCACGUGCAAAAUUACGUUCUCACCCUAAUGAAUAUUGUUGAUGAGAUCUAUCACGAUGAAUCUUUGGGAACCAACAUCAACAUUGUACUCGUCCGCAUGAUAAUGGUUGGGUACAGGCAGUCCAUUAGCCUGAUCGAGCGUGGCAACCCAUCCCGCAGCCUGGAGCAGGUGUGCCGAUGGGCCAACACUCAGCAGCGCCGCGACCCUGACCAUGCCGAGUACCACGACCACGCUAUCUUCCUCACAAGGCAAGAUUUUGGUCCCGCAGGUAUGCAAGGUUAUGCUCCAGUUACUGGCAUGUGUCACCCGCUUAGGAGCUGUACGUUGAAUCACGAAGAUGGCUUCUCCUCCGCCUUCGUGGUCGCUCACGAAACUGGCCAUGUGCUGGGUAUGGAGCACGAUGGCCAGGGGAAUCGUUGUGCUGAUGAAACCAGUAUGGGCAGCAUUAUGGCCCCACUUGUCCAAGCAGCUUUCCAUCGUUAUCAUUGGUCACGCUGCAGCAAACAGGAGCUCAACAGAUAUAUUCACUCCUAUGACUGCCUACUGGAUGAUCCCUUUGAACACAAGUGGCCUAAGCUUCCUGAGCUUCCUGGAAUUAAUUAUUCUAUGGAUGAGCAGUGCCGCUUUGAUUUUGGCAUUGGUUACAAAAAGUGCACAGCUUUUCAAACCUACGACCCUUGCAAGCAGCUGUGGUGCAGCCACCCUGAUAACCAGUAUUUCUGUAAAACCAAAAAAGGUCCUCCAGUAGAUGGGACAGAGUGUUCACCUGGAAAGUGGUGCUUCAAGGGGCAUUGCAUCUGGAGGUCCAGCCAAGAGCCGCAGGGGCAUGAUGGUAACUGGGGCUCCUGGUCAAAGUUUGGAUCAUGUUCCAGGACAUGUGGAGGUGGAGUUCGCUCCCGCAGCAGACAGUGCAACGACCCUCUGCCUGCCUACGGGGGUCGAGAUUGCCCAGGUUCUGCCUUUGACUACCAGAUGUGCAACACUGAGGAGUGCGCUGGGCCUUAUGAAGACUUCCGGGCUCAACAAUGCAUCCAGCGGAGCAACAAAUACCACAACAACAUCAAGCAUACCUGGCUGCCAUAUGAGCACCCGGAUGAGGCCCAUAAAUGUGAGUUAAGCUGUAAGUCGAAGGACACCGGAGAGGUGGUGUUCAUGAACCAGGUGAUGCAUGAUGGGACGAGGUGCAGCUACACAGACCCCUUCAGUGUCUGCGCUCGAGGAGAGUGUCUGCAUGUAGGCUGCGACAAGGAGGUUGGCUCUUACAAAGAAGAGGAUAAAUGUGGAGUUUGCGAGGGGGAUAACUCCCACUGUCGGACUGUGAAGCUAACACUCACUAAGACCCCGAAAAAGAAUGGAAUGCUUAAAAUGUUUGACAUCCCAAUGGGAGCCCGGCAUAUAAUCAUUGAAGAAAACAAUACCUCCCCCCAUAUAAUUGCUGUGAAGAAUCAAGUUACUGGGCACUUCAUAUUAAAUGAAAAAAGUGAAGAUGCUGAAUCAAAGACCUUCAUCGAAAAUGGUUUACAGUGGGAAUAUUCAAUUGAUGGAGAGAGAGAGACAUUAAAAACAACUGGUCCUCUGCAUGAAGGCAUUGUAGUACUGGUCAUUCCACUGGAAGAAGAUGUCAAAGUUAGCUUGACUUAUAAGUACAUAAUACAUGAGGACCUGCUGCCACUUAUUACCAACAACAAUGUGCUUCUUGCCGAGCUGGAUACAUACGAGUGGGCACUGAAGAGCUGGUCUCAGUGCUCCAAACCUUGUGGCGGAGGUAUACAGUACACAAAAUAUGGAUGCAGGAGGAAGAGUGAUGGCCGUUUAGUCCAUCGAAACUUCUGUGAAACCAGCAAAAAGCCUAAACCCAUCCGCAAACGUUGUAAUGUGCAAGAGUGCAGCCAGCCCACGUGGGUGGUAGAAGACUGGAGUCCCUGCAGUAAGACCUGCGGGAAGCCCGGCUACCAGACCAGGGUGGUGCAGUGCAUGCAGUCGCUCCACAAUGGCACCAGCAGGACUGUCCACAGCAAACAUUGCACUGGUGAUCGCCUAGAGACGAGGAGGGUGUGUAACUACACUGCAUGCCCUGCUCAGUGGAGGACAGGGGCGUGGUCUCAGUGCUCAGUGACCUGCGGCGAAGGGAUUCAGCAAAGGCAGGUGGCUUGCAAGGCCAGCGACAGCACAGUCACAGAAUGUGAGGGCAAGAAGCCAGAAACUGUCCUUAUCUGCAAACUAAGUCCAUGUCCAGGUCAUUGGGAUGUAUCUGCAAUGCCUUUUAUGAGAGAUACUUCUACAAUGAAGGGUCAAUCCGUAUUUCAUGGAGUUUCUGAAAAGCCCUUGCAGAAACUUUCUUUUAAUGAGCCAUGUCUGGGGGAUAAAUCAAUUUUCUGUCAAAUGGAAGUUCUGGCUCGUUACUGUUCCAUCCCUGGAUACUAUAAGCUUUGCUGUGAGUCAUGCAACAAAAAAGAAAGCCUGACAACACAUGUUCCUUACUCAGGCUCAAACACUCAGCCUGAGACCUCCACACUCUCCCCUUCUGCCUCAGCCAAGGCUUCAUGGCUGACCACCACUCAGAGCCUGCCACAAACCACUAAAGCCAUGAGACGAAGGUUUUUCUCCAGCACCCCUGCGCCAACCACGACUGCCGCUGCUAAGGUUCUUCCACCAACAGAUGCUGCUCUGUCCUCACAUCCCACCAGCGACUCCUUGCCAAAUAAAGAGAGGAGAGAUUCCCAUGUGGAUACGCGUCUACCUCCAGGGCCACCGUGGCCCACGCCAGACUCAAGUGGAGGUGUAGUGAUAGAACACAAUCCAAAGAGCACUUUAGGCCCUGUUGCUGCCAGGUCAAGAAGGGACAAUUUAGGAUCAAAGAGGGACUCUAGACAUAGAACCCCAUCAGCUCAACAAUGAACAGUGAGCAAUGCUGUGAGCAUUAGUGGGACUGAUCUGCAUAAUCAGCUCACUUCUUGUUUUCCUCUGUUUUUGUAACAAGUUUUUUUCCUUGCCAGUGAACCCUGACAAGCCCAGUGAUGGUUACCUCAGCAAAACCUCAGAGCAAAAUGUGUGCAUGUCUGCAUGUGCUCUGCCCUCUGUGUGUAAAAUAUGAAGCAGAAGACAACAAAAAAAGUCAAAACAACGGUGCUGUAUACUAAUCAGAC